AUGUGGACCGCACUUGAGGCUUCCGUGUUCCUAGUCCUGGCAAAUGCGCCAUCUUCACUCGCCAGACCAGAAAAUGAUUUCUCCGAUCAUCUGGCAACAUAUCUGCGUCCUGGGGAGCCGCAUUUCCAGAAUGGCGAGACUCUGUUCAACAUGCUGUACAUACACAACAAAGUGCAGGUGUUCUGUCAGCGACCCACAAUGCCCACCUUAUUGAAUGUCUUUCAGAGCCGCCGCCUGAGCUUGCAGAUAGCCACUGACAAGGAUUACAGUCAGUACAAAGGAAGCACCGUGCGGGAAGUCUUCCAGGCACACCAGCAGCUGAAUGAAUGCUACGAAGGAAAACCGCUGGGAUCUCAAGCAGAAGAGACCCGGAUUAUUCCGAUGGCUGCCCAUAUCCACGCCUGUUACGGUAUUUACACCAUCUCCUCGUUCACCAUCACGCUUGAAGUUAUCUGCUGCGACCCUGAGCGUGUGGCGCAGUUUACCUUCGGUCUCGUUUUGUGGCUAAGUUGUCCUCAUUUGGCAGAUUCUCUGCUGGGCUUCUACUGCUCGGCUGCGGCCUUAGGGGCCCAUCUAGCGGGCGUGGCCGUGGUCGGAGUCGCUCUACUUGCAACGAGCGGCGGUCAACCUCUUCGAAUAGUAACGCUUAAGGGAAACUUCAAACAGGUGCUCCAGGAACGGCCUACUGUGAUGACCUUAGCGCUGUUGGGUGGUGCCUGGUUACUACAGUCCACCUGCCAGCGUUAUAGCUUUCUGUGGCGGCGCUAUUUCAUCCGCCGCGUGCACCAUCGCUUGCUAAGAAUCAUCUCGUACUGGCUGAUCUUCACUGCCUCCGAAUACAAAAGCUUUGGAUGGAGCUGUCUUUUUCUGCUGAUCACUUGGCCUGAACUUUGGUGCCUGAUGCGCUGGCUGAGUUCCCAAUACCAAACCUACAAGCUGCGCUUCAUGGCCCCACAGACACAGGCGGGAUUUGAAACGCAGCGCGUUCUGAGGGCUUUUCGUCUUAUUUCGCAAAAGUAUCUGCCUAUGAGGGCACCUAUCGUGACUAUGAGGGCACAUAAUGCUGAUAGUCACGAUCUCCUUUCAUCUGAAAGAAAUGUGAGCAUGUAUAUUCGACAGGAGGGAAGAGAACGACGGGGCGAAAAUGAUGGGAACGCCUUUGAUUAUGAGUACCGUCGACCCUGGAACUGCCUGAACAGGCGCCUUCGACGGCCGCAUAAUAAUUGA